AUGAAGCUCACCGGCUCUCACUGUCUUUUCCUUAUAUCAACAAUCCUUGGACUGUCCAGCGCAGAGUCCCCCAACGAUGAUGCCCCAUGUAUCGCCCGCUCCCCAACAACAGGGCUAUUCUUCGACCUCAAUGCGAUCUCCCUAUUCCCGCCCGAGAUGAAAGAUGGCAAGAAGGUCUUGAAGGAAGCGCGGGAUGACAGUUGGCAUGCAAAGGGUCACGACUACCCGGCCAACUUCACACUCAAUAUCUGCGCACCUGUCAUCGAGAAUGUGACCAACGUGGUCGGAGUCGACUCUUCAAGGUGGAAGAACGUCAGUGCAUACUACGAGCGGGAUGAGAAAGUAUAUUCCAUCGGAGAACAAGCCUCCGAGCCCUUUUUCCGUGGUCGCAAACUCGUCCUCAACUACACCAAUGGCUCACCGUGCCCCGAUGACUUGAACAUGGCCAGUACCAAUGCCUCUACGCGGAGGAAAUCAACUAUAAUGUCUUUCCUUUGUGAUCGUGACGCUCCAGCAAGCGUGGCGACACCCUCUUUUGUCGGCUCUAUGGACUCAUGCACCUAUUUCUUUGAAGUGCGCAGCUCCGCGGCAUGCGGCGGAAUCGCCGUUGAUCCCCAGGCUGGCGGUCUGGGACCGGGCGGCGUGUUUGGCGUAAUUAUGCUUAUUGCCGUGGCGGUAUACCUGAUUGGUGGUUGCGCCUACCAGCGCACAGUCAUGCACCAGCGUGGCUGGCGCCAGUGCCCGAACUUCAGUCUGUGGGCUGGUUUCUUCGACUUUGUCAAAGUAAGUAUCUUUGCGUUGAUUCCAUGUUGGUCCCGCCGCAGCUUUAGACAUGGCCAUUCGGCAUCACACGCGUCCCGGGAAUCAAAUGGAGGAUUGCCUUCUUCAAGAGUGGAUUGA